AUGAGUCCAGGACGCGGCGCAAGACGGCUCAAUAUUCCCUUUACCAUGGUGGUCCCACGCCAAGAUGGAGUUGAGCGCCUUGGCCGACUGCGACCGCGAUGGCGCAACAAUCGGUCACUGUUUGCCGGAGUGAGCUGGAUAGUACUGGUGUUGUUGAUGUCGUGUGUAUCGCCGACUUACGCCGCCUUGUUGAAUUUCGCCAAUUGCCUAAACGCUGCUGUCAUCCAAUCCAAUCCGAAACAACUCCAGUUCGUCCCGCUUGACGUGUCGGUCGCUUUCGACUUGCAUGACUCUCUCAACCCCCUCAAUAUCACGGUCUAUGGGAACGUCUCUGGUACAGCCAAUGGGGAAACAUAUCCAAGCCCGGAUAGUCCCGACUGGUCCAAUCCGAAUGAUACGGUGGGGAAGAUCGUGGAUUACGAUGCUGCAAGCAAUAAACUGAGUACUCUUCUGUCGGAGAUCAAUGUGCUCAGUUGGAAUCCAUAUAAUCAUGCAUCGAAAUUCUGUGACUCUGUCACUCAGGGAGGCUGUCCGUUGGGCCCCGUGUUCUACACCAAUGCGAGCGAUCUUUCGGCCCUGCGAGCUUUCUCGGUCCAACAUGACAUGCAAUCCGCGUACCAUUUCUCGACCUUGUCAGCACGUCUAACAAUCAAGUCCGCCGAUGCUGCUGCCACACGGAUUGGUUGUAUCAGUGUGGAUAUCACCCCUGACCUUGGAACGUCGCUUCGAAAUACAAUCACAUAUAUCCCGUUGGUCAUUCUCUUGCUGGUCGGGAUUGCUACUAUCACUGCUGCGAUUUACAGCCCAUGGGGAACCACCGACCCUUUUCACUGGACUAGCAACUAUGGACGUGACGAGGAUGUCCUUCGUCUAGUGACCCCGGGCUUCGGGGAUUGUCUGAACUACAUACAGUUCGCUGUGCUUACUGGAGCCUUGUCAUUGGACUACCCUGGGUACUAUCAACCUGUGGUUAGUCAAGUCGCCUGGUCGGCCCUUAUGUUCAAUCAAAGCCUCCUGGACCCCGGCAAUGAGCGGAAUCCUGUAGUUGAUGGCGUCUAUACUGUCAAUGCUACCUACGGUUUGGACAGGAUGAAUCAAUAUGUGGGAUUGCCAACAUCACGCGACAUCUGGCCUGGAAUGAUGGUCUGGAUGCUUGUGAUUGUCGUCUCAAUCACAGUUCUGAUCCAAGUAGCCUUCGGGCUUCGCACGCUUUAUCGUACGAUUGCCCAUGUGCCGGAAGAAGACCUUCGGUCCAAGAACAUGCCCUUCACCAUUGGAAACGUCAUCCGGAUCGUGUUCAACUAUCUGCUGCUGCCACUCAUGUCUUUCUCGUUCUUCCAGCUCGUGAUUGCCGGCCAGUCUCCGGCCUACUGUGUUGCGUUAGCGGUGGUUGUGAUCUUGAUCCUGGCAUCGUUCUCCAUUUGGACCACUCGCUUGAUCGCGACCACGCGCCCGAAAUCGUACCUGUUUGAUGACCUCUCGACGGUCCUUCUGUAUGGCCCGCUCUACAACACUUUCUGCGACGAUGCGGCCGCCUUCGCUCUGGUUCCGAUCUUCCUUUCGUUCGCCCGCGGUAUCGCUAUUGGAGCACUGCAGCCGUCAGGAAUCGCUCAAAUUGUGCUUCUCGCCAUUUGCGAGGUGGUCUCACUUCUGACCUUGGUGGCGUUCCGACCAUUUGCAUCACCCACUUCCAUGAACCUCUAUCAUGCCUGUUUCUCCAUCAUCCGCUUCCUCACAAUCUUACUCAGCAUUGUUUUCGUCCCCUCUUUAGGUGUUUCGCAGGCUGCACGGGGCUGGAUCGGAUACAUUAUCCUUUUUCUGCAUGCCCUAGUGCUUGUGUUCGGUUUCUUCCUCAAUGCUCUCCAGACCUUGAUUGAGGUUAUCGCACGACUUGCCGGAGCGGGAGGCAAUGAAGGUGGGGUGACCCGAGGUGGUCUGGUCAAGGUAUUUGGUAUGCGGCAGCUGUCACGUCGUGUUCCUCGACAAAGUGUUGGUACACGCCAGAGCAUGGGCUCUGAGGCUGCGAUGUUGGCACAUACUGAUGACCGCCUCUCUUCCCAAUUCGAUGGAUCCAGACCUCGAAGUCUUUCCGGAAGUUCUGCUAUGCUUCUGCAUCGGGCGGGUGCGAGCGAAGGCCGCGCGAGUGCCUUCUUCGAAUCAGGCAGCGCACAGGGUGGAACCCACAGUCGAGCCAAUAGCAGUGGUUUCUUCACGCCAUCAACCCCCGGUGGAUUCGCUGGACCAGGCUAUCAGACGACGGGCAGCAAUUCGCCCAAGAGCGGGCCUGUCUUCGCCGUGCAUCCCCAUGACCCUUACUACCGACCACCCAGGCCUCGCAAGAAGAUCAUUGAGAUAGGUGUAUCGAGGGAGAAGUCUCGCGCAAGAAAACGAGCAGCGAGCUAUGGAGAUGUGGAUGACGAUAUUAUGGAAGGCCCGUCUAUCUCUGGAAGGAAUACCCCUGUCCCUGCGUACCUUCCAGCACCCAAGGACGAUCUCGACUUGGAAGAUCCUCGUCAGUCUAGAACAGACUAUGCAGUACGGGAGGUUGAUUUUUAUUACCGUGUGAGGGGCCCUCCGCUAUCACAGUCGGGCACGCGCAAACUGAAGACAGGCCCGGCUGACCCUACGGGACCUGUCUCAUCCGCCACUGGCUUCUUCCGAAAUUUGUUCAGAGGGAAGACUAAGGAGAAAGGAAAAGGCUUUGAAGUCGUCCGGAGUGCUAGGGCACCACCGCCGGGUCUAUUUCCCGAGGGCGAAGAAUUCCAUGAACCCUAUACAGACGAACCCGAGGAACCGGAGGCCGCAGACCCUGCCCAUCAAGAUUCGGAUAGUGACCGAGACUACAAUGAUUCCGAGAGCGAGGUCCAAGAACGGACUCCAGAGAUCGCAAUUACCCUACCAAACGUUGAUACAGGGGGUGCUAUCGAGCUCCCUAGUCGUGUAGGCUCUCACUCUAGCUCUCAACCACCAUCGACUGAGCGACAGAUUACUCAGCAAGAAGGCGCCCCCGGCCCCACAGCGGAAGAGGCACCAUUGUCGGGUGAACUUCUUCCUGUGGUCGCCCCGGAAGAAACGGCCACUUCCAAUCAACCUGAAGAGAAUAAUCCUGCUCAGUCUCACAACCACCUUCACCCCUCGGCUUCUGUGACUGGCCGGUUGCCGUUCAGUGCAGCUAGUUCUCCCUCACGAGACCGUAACCUCUCUAUUGCCUCAACGACCGCUUCAACUACGUCUAGCCGUCGGCAUGGGAACUCGGAGAACCUGCGCAUCGAGCGCCCAUCCAGUAUGGGUUAUGUUGCCCAGUUUCGUACGCAGGAUAACAUUCAUGAAGCCAGUCCGGAUGAGCCAUCAUUUGCAGGCAGUGCUGCGGAACUGGUGACUGAAGCACAUCACCCCGAGGGAGACCACUGA